CCAUUGUGGGGGCCAACUCAGUGGGAAACAGGAUGUCGAAGUCAACAGGUAUCCUGCUCUUCUUUUUGGCCGUCGUCGGGCAGGUGCUAAGCGACGAUGUAGAAGUAGGUUUCGUAGAAAACUUCGCAAAGCGCGAACUCAAUGGAGGGAGCCGCAUAGUGUCAGGCUGGGAAGCGGAACCAGGACAACAUCCACAUCAGAUCUUGCUACGCGUAGUGAAUUGGCAGGGAGGUGUGGGGAGCUGCGGCGGUUCUGUCGUAUCCAGGGAGUGGGCCAUCUCAGCCGCACACUGCACUGCUGCGCAAGUGGCUGUGGUUAUUCGUGCGGGGGUUACCACCAUGACCCGGCCGCAGUAUAUAUCAGAAACAACGGAGUGGUACAACUAUCCCACAUUCGAUGAGAACAGGCCCUUGGUCGUGCAACCGAAUGAUAUAUCUAUUAUGAAAUUGUCGCCUCGUGUCACUUACAAUGAAUAUUUAAAGCCGAUUCGCAUACAGAGUUCUGCUGAUGCCUUCAGGAACUAUGACGGAGAACAAGUAUACGCCAGUGGUUUUGGCAGAACGUGGACUGGGGGUUUUAUACCUGAAACUUUGAACUGGGUGUAUUUGCGAGCAGUUUCCAAUCAAAACUGUGCCAGUACCUUCGGUACAACGCUGGUUACAAGUAACACUAUCUGUGCACGCUUCUGGAACGUAACUUCGCAAUCUAUUUGUCAGGGUGACAGCGGUGGUCCUUUGGUACAUGUCGGCGUAAAUGGCCCUACACUGAUCGGUGUAUCUUCAUUCGUCGCCGGUGGCGAAUUUGGAUGUCACUCCGGCUUACCAGGAGCAUUCAUGCGUCCCGGGCCAUUCCUUGGUUGGUUCAAACAAGUUACAGGUGUUGAUUUUGAGAAUCUUGAUGAAACUGAGGAAGAGACGACAUUACCGCCUCCUACGACUAUAGAUACAACUACUGAGGAUUCACCACCUCCGACUACGAAACUUCCUGACCCAACAACUCCGGAAUCUGAAGAGGAAGAAGAAGAGACCGAUGAAGAUAGUUCUUCCGAAGAGGACAAAGAGACAGCCGAUCUUCUCAAGCGACUGCAAGUCAAGAUCAAAGUAAAAGUCAAAUUGGACAAGUUUAAGAAGAAACACGUUAUUGAUAAGGUUCAUGAGAUACGUGGUUAGGAAUGUAUGUGAAACUUGUAACUAUCGAUAAAAAGCAAAUAGGCUCAAAAUAAAUAGUGCAAAAAAACCGACCUCAAAAGUCAU